UGAUAGGAGUGAACGUGUUCGUACCUGGUGAGGGAGGUAAACAGUGGAUCUUUAAUCUGCAUUGUUUGGACGACAAGUGAGAGAGGAAUUGUGUCUUUUGUCCAACAUGAGACUUGUGGCUCUGGUUGUGAUGUGCGGGCUGAUUGUCAGAGGGAGUGUGGGAGCAGCUCCGCCAGGAUUUGACUCUGCACAUGCAACAGGAUCAGUCCUCUCUUCACUCAGGAGAAGAAUUGAGGGAGACUUGUUGGUGGAGGACACCAACCCGUGUUUCUCCCUGAGAGAGAAUGAAGACCAGUGGCAGCUCCUGUGCAAUGACCGCAGGAGUAAAUUCAAUUUCAACCCAUUCGGCCUCCGCUUUGGGAAACGUUACAAUGGCUAUGUUUACAGAAGAGCCGUUAAAACAGCCAGGACAAAUAAAGUUUCGCCCCUUUCUCUCUUCUCGUGAGAACUGGAGGUGCCUACUUGAAACAGACGUGUCUUCUGAGGAUUUGUGUUCCCUUGGUCCGUUUGUGUUUAAAAAGGCAUUUUUCGUCAGAUAAAAAUGUUUCUGUGAAUAAAACUUUUGUACCUAC